UCAGGCCCGCGAAGUUGGUCCGUAACGAUCAUGCCCGAGUCGUUCCGGACAAUGCUCGCGCCGCUUUCUUGGCUGCUUUGUAUCCUAUUCGCUGGAGCAACGGAUAUACUGGCAGUUCGUAGGGGCAAUGGUCAUGUCAGCAAAGUUUGCCUCUCGUGCUUUCCAUACUAGAACCGACGGUGUCAUGCUCUCACAGGUGCAGCUUCCUCUCUCUCCAGCCACUAAACCCUUUGGGGGUUUGGAAGCUUUGUCUACCGCAUACUUUACAGUCCUCGCACAUCCUGCUUUUCCGCAUCACAGCGUGCGCAUCAAGAAAUCGCGCUUCUGCGAUGGCACUGUGGAUGCCUACACAGGUUACAUCGACGUUAAGGCGCGCCAUCUCUUUUUCUACUUCUUUGAGAGUAGGCACGAUCCAGCUCGCGAUGAUGUCGUGUUUUGGACGAACGGUGGUCCAGGUGGUUCGUCGUCCCUUGGUCUCUUCAUGGAACUCGGUCCUUGCACCCUGAAAACGCCCGACAACACCACUUUCAAUCCAUACUCCUGGAACGAGUACGCGAAUCUAUUUUUUGUUGAUCAACCCGUCGGUGUUGGCUUUUCGUACGCUGACCACGGGGAGGCUGUCGGAACCACUGAAGAUGCUGCAAAAGAUGUUGCUGCAUUUGUAGCGAUAUUUUUUGAGCAUUUCGAUCAAUUCAGACAUCGAGGUUUUCAUAUGGCUGGCGAGUCGUACGGGGGUCGCUAUCUUCCUGUCUUCGCUUCCGAAGUCUACGACCAAAACGUCAAGCUUGAGGCACUUGGUAUGGCCCCAAUAAACCUAACCUCAAUAAUGAUUGGCAAUGGUUGCACUGAUGACAUCACGAUGUUUCCUGCUUAUUACGAUAUCGAGUGCAAGAAUGUCUCGGGGCCGCCUGUGUUGGAUAUAGCAUGCCAGAAGUGGUUCCAGGCCGAGUGCUUGGACAGAAGGGAUUACAUCAACUGUCAGACUGCUCUGCAAUUCUGCACGUCGUCCAUCAUGGAUCCCUUCGUGGCUUCUGGUGAGCCAAGCACUAAAUCUGCCGCGCUCGGCAAAUCCAAUAUAACUCUCAACCUCUCCGUUCGUAGUCAAAUAGAGCAUUACCUCGACAAGCCAGAUGUCCGCAAGACACUGGGCAUAGAACCAUCUUUCGGCAACUUCAGCCGGCACAGUAUGGAAAUUGUACUCGCGUUCGGUGCCUCGUUGGACGAAGUAUUCCCGACCUCGUACUACAUUGGUGCCCUCCUUGAGCGGGGCGUGCGCGUGCUGCUCUACGUAGGCGCGAAUGACUGGAUCUGCAAUUGGGUCGGGAAUGAACAAAUGUCCCGGGAGCUGGUCUGGACGGGCCAGAAGGCGUUCACCGGGGAGCCGUUGAGAGAGUGGGAGGUGGACGGUGAGGUGGCAGGUGUCACGCGUGCAGCCAAUGGGCUUACGUUCGCAACUAUCGACGGCGCUGGACACAUGGUCCCGAUGGACAAACCAAAGGUUACUCUCGAAAUUCUAAAGAAGUGGCUCUCGGACGAAGAUUUCUGACAGCGAAUUUUCGCGUACAUUCGGAUUAAAUCUGUUCUAUAACAUCAUGGUAGAUGCAAUCUGUAGUCCGCAACAUCCAGAGUGGAGUACAACAGUAGUAGAUGCUAAACGUCUCCCCAAUUCUUAGGGAUUUACGCUACUUGAGUUUGGGCAUGCGUUUUCUGAGCGUCCGGGGAUUUUGCGUUCUCGUAUCUGGAAGCUCGGCAGGAUAGAGAGGUGAGAUCCAGAGACAGCUGCGCUUGCCUGUAUGAGAUACAAGAGGUCCGUGGUAUAGAGAUGUUUGAGUUUCGAACCUAUACGACGCAAAAUCACUGCGCACGACGUGAACGUAAGAGUCUAUGAUGCGUAUGGGAGGUCGGAAGGAGACUGGAAGGCGCGGAGGGAAAUUUCGGCGGCAGACAUCAGCGCCGAUUCUCGGUCCAUAACGGGCCCAGAAGUAGAGGCACUGGUGUCCUGGCAAUCCGAAUCUUCACAAGCGUCUGGGUGGCCGCGAUGAACCAUGUCCACUAGCCUCGACAGUGGCUCCUGGUCGGGUCCAGUAAUAAGACCCUUCGACUGAAGUCGCUCGAGUGCGUGGAACAGGCGCAGAUACGCCCGCCGGGUUUCCCCGUCUAUGUUGGUCGCCCGGAAGUGUCCUGCUCGGGCGUUCCAACAAUGUGUGACCCAUGGCAGGUGAAAGUAGCAGCCGCAGUUAGCGAUGUGGGAGCGCAGCGUGUGUUCUGCUACGUCGGCCAUCUUGUUGAUGAUCGUCUUGACGUAUUCCAGAGCCUUGGGUGAGCCUAUGCGAUGGUCCACGAGUAUAAGCCACUGGUUGCACAGUAACACGAAGGUGUGCAGGUCUUCAGGGUUAUAGUCGGCCAUACUUUCUGCGUAGUAGUCACAGAUGAGCAGGCUGUAGUCGAGUGCAGCCAUUUGUUCGUUGCGCACGACAACUAGUGAGUUUUGAUC